UAUGUGUCCUCAGAAAACGCUUCAGCAUCUGCCGCGCCGCUCCCCUCAGCCAGUCCUCAACAUGUGCAGGUAGGACCGGCACCAGGGAGGCAACCUCACGUCCGCCGCUGCACAUCACCGCUUCGUUUCUGCCGAGUCUGUCUGAGGGGAACGAAACAUGGCCUUUCGAAGCACCGGUUCGACGAGGAAGCAACCUGGUCUCUGGAUGUCGGCAUGUUCCCCCGUCUGCAUCGCCCUAGCGUGCGUCCUCCUCGCUCCCGCACUUGGACAACUGGACCUCAACCGGCUGGACGGCGACACUGUCUGUCCUCCAAUCAGAAGCGGCCAAGAUGACCUUCCAGGCUUUGAUCUGAUCACCCAGUUCCAGCUGGACGUGAUCCCUCUCAAAGGCGUGAGGAAGGUGGACGGCUCCACUCCCCUCCAGGUCGCCUACCGUCUCGACAGGGAGGCCAACUUCCAAAUUCCAACCACGCUGAACUUUCCUCGCGGCUUCCCUGACGAGUACUCCUUCAUGACAACCUUUCGCAUGAUCAAGAACACGGUGAGCAAGGUGUGGAACGUGUGGCAGAUAGUGGACGAGGACGGCAACAAACAGGCUGGACUGAGGCUGAAUGGCGACCAGCAGUCUCUGGAGUACUUCCUGAUGGGCGCCGAUGGAAACCUCCAGACUGUCGCCUUCCCCGGCAUCUCUGUGCUCUUCAACACCAAGUGGCACAAGGUGAUGAUCGGCGUGGAGCGCGGCCAGAUCACCCUGUACGUGGACUGCCAGCCCGUGGAUCAGAAGCCCAUUAAGGGCAAAGGCCCCAUCGCCACGGAGGGGGACACGCUCAUCGGCAGGCUGGAGGCUGAUCCUGACACCUCAGUGGUGUUCGAGCUCCAGUGGAUGCUGAUUCACUGCGACCCGAAGAGGGCCCAGAGAGAGAGCUGCAGCGAGCUGCCAGCCACCGAGAUGUUUGCCAAUGCUGAGCCUGAAAAAUCAAUUCAAGGUCCCCCAGGAGCUCCAGGCCCAGAAGGCCCCAGAGGGCCCCCCGGAGAGAACGGCAGGGAUGGAAGAGAUGGUCUUCCAGGGUCUCCUGGCAGCCCAGGCGCAAUUGGCAGCAAAGGGGAGCAGGGAGAGAUCGGUCUUCCUGGGCAGAGAGGCCUUGCUGGUCAUCCAGGACCUGCUGGUCCUUCUGGCCCAAUGGGACCCAGAGGACUGGUGGGAGAAAGGGGGCUUCCUGGCUUUCCCGGACCCCCAGGCCCUCCUGGUCCAUCAAGUGAAGGACCUGCUGGACCACCAGGGAAACCGGGGACUCCAGGAGAUGAAGGAAACAUUGGGCCUGAGGGGCCGCCUGGACCCAGGGGAACUCCUGGCUCCCCAGGUCUUGCUGGGCCUCCUGGUCCACCAGGGCCUGUGGGUCCGCCUGGUGCCAGCACUGAGGGAAGUGGGGAAGCUUGUCCUGCUGCCUGCCCGACAGGACCUCGGGGAGCGGCCGGGCUACCAGGGAUGAAGGGACACAAAGGUUUGCCUGGUGAACCUGGAAAAGAUGGAGUGCCUGGAGAAAAGGGAGAAACUGGAGCACAAGGUCCUCAAGGGCAACCGGGUCGCAUGGGUGAUGAUGGGCAAAGAGGGCCCAUUGGACUCCCUGGAACAUUGGGAGAGAAAGGCGACAGAGGUCCUCCUGGUUUCAAUGGUAUCCCUGGACCUACUGGUCCACCUGGAGCUCCUGGUGUCGAGGGGAUUCGUGGGCGUCAGGGGUUGGAAGGGCCUAAGGGUGAUGAUGGAGCUGUGGGACCUAAAGGAGAGCAGGGUCCUCAAGGGGAAAAAGGUGAUGUUGGAGUACCUGGAAAAAAUGGUGUUGAUGGACUUCCUGGAAUUGAUGGUGACAAGGGAGAGGCUGGUAUUCCUGGAGCUGUUGGAAUCAGGGGCAUUGUGGGUAUUCCAGGGCUGCCUGGGAAGCAGGGAGUAGUCGGACCCCCUGGUGAAAAGGGAGAUACUGGUGCUGAAGGAGCCAUGGGACCAGUUGGACUGCCAGGAAAAACAGGGGAGCCUGGAAAAGAUGGCCAAGAUGGUAAACCUGGAAAUGAAGGAAAAAUUGGUGAAACUGGAAAACAAGGGCCUGUGGGACCUGCUGGUCCUCCAGGAAUCCAGGGUGUCAAAGGUGAUAAAGGCAACUUUGGAGCUCCAGGACUAAAAGGUCACACUGGACACAAAGGUGAUCAGGGACCUGUGGGACCAGAUGGACCUAAAGGAAGCCAGGGGGACACAGGCCUAGUGGGAGACCCUGGUGUUAAAGGUGAUCAGGGUCCCCCUGGUGUACCUGGAGUCAAAGGAGAGCGAGGAGAGAAGGGUUAUAGAGGAGCUACAGGGAUUGAUGGCAGACCAGGUCAGCCAGGCCAUGAGGGAGUGGCCGGUCCAAUGGGAGCUCGAGGGCUGGAAGGAGAACCAGGUCUUCCUGGUGCACCGGGCCCCAGAGGUCUACCAGGCCCAAAAGUGAGUGAUGAGAAACUGCGGGAAAUGUGUUCAGCUGUUGUAGAAGAACAACUGGCAGAGUUUAGGAAGGAACUUUUAAAGAAGCCAGCAGCCCUUGGUGCCCCUGGUAUCCCUGGACCAGCUGGACCUCCUGGUCCCCCUGGAUCAGCGGGAGUGGCUGGAGCAGCAGGAACUCCAGGACCAAUGGGUCCCAUAGGCCCUCCAGGCUUCUUUGGACUUCCAGGUUCACCGGGGAAGAAAGGUGAUGCUGGGGAAAAGGGCGAUAAAGGGGAGAAGGGAGAAGAUGGUGUAGGAGUAAAAGGAAACCCAGGUCUGCCAGGUGCACCAGGUGCUCCAGGUGCACCAGGCGUUGGCAAGGAUGGCAAAAAUGGAGCUCCUGGUGAGGCAGGAAGCCCGGGUGUCCAAGGUGCACCUGGUCUAAGAGGGCCCUCGGGACCACCUGGUCUUUGUGACCCAUCAACCUGCAUAGGUAGACUUCCACCUGUCUAUAUGGUCAGUGGAAAGAAGUCUGCCAGCUACAAAAAUCCAUGAGAUGGCACAGCUCACUGACAUUCAUCAGAUCCUGCAGUGAACACUUUGACGGGAUUCUAUGAUCGGACUUUGUGAUCUUUGAGAAUACACAGAAGAUCUGAGGGAUACAAAAUGGAAACAGAGACAAGGCACAACUGUAGAAUACUGUAUAGACAUUGAACCUUGUGAUUAUAUAAAGUAAUCAAAACAGCUGCCAAAGCAGUGUCUUCCAGGUGACGACAGGCCUGCAGGCCAAUGAAUUGUCCAAGAUCAGCUGUUCAGUCGCGGCUUCCUUCUUCUAUUAUCAGAACUGAGCAGGUUGUAAAAAAUAAAAAAUAAAAAUCUCUCCCAUUUACACUCAUGCAUGUGUUACCUAAUCCGUUUCAUAAGUUUCUGGAGGCCUUUGCUCUUUCAUAAAAAACCCUUACCGCUGAAUCAGACUUACGCGAGCCACACUGCAAGUCGGUGAGGGACAGAAUAAUAACAAAAAUAAUAUUUAAGAUCCAGAAAUGGGCUUUUUAAUUUACAAUUAUAUAUUUGUUUUUCCGUUUUGUUAUGGUUUUUACCCAAUAAAGUGAUUUGUUUUGGAAAUUUUUGCCCUUUAUUAUAUUGAAAUGAUUCACAGUUAAUCUAACAGCUACUGCACUGAACUGAAAUGCAAAGACAUGUGCAGCGAGUCACAUUAUUGCAUAACAUCUUAGAAUUAGGCUUAGAUUGGUAUUCAUGUGGCGAGGUGGUCGAUCAAUAACAUUCCACUGUAGCGCCACAGUAAAAUGUCUUUGUAUUGAAAACAAGGUCCCUGGGUUGUUAUGGAUAUAAUUUGGAUUCAGUGAGGUAUUUCUCAGUUGCCUGGUUACAAAGCAGAGUCCACAUCACGCCUAUCUCUGUCUGCACAGCCCAAAUACAUUCACACAUCCAAUACGUCCUUGACUAAGCAGCCAAAAGGGACAUCCAGUACAUUAGCAUGGAUUAUGGCCGAUGAAUUUAAAGUUGUGCAUACAAGUGAUUUACAAAAUUUGAGUUGGAAUAUUAAAGAUGAAGGAUGGCAUAAUGUUGUAGUGGUUAGUCCUGUGAGACUGGCGAACCAUGUAUCUUGUCUAGCUGGGAUGACUCCGGCAACUCCUUGAGCCAUAACAAAACAGCAGUGAGGAAAAACUGAUGGAUGGAUGAAGAGCUUGUCAAACAAUCCCUAUUUUAAAUUAAAAAUGUGACCAUAUUGUUCCAGAUCUGAAUGAUAAAAUAAAAAUUGUCAAUGAAGAAAUGUG